AUGGGUCAGCAAGUCUGUGCAAGAAUGGCAUUCCCAUGGGCCAACAUCUGCACCGGCAUGGCAUCCCUCUUGGCCUACAUCUACGUUUCCUUUUCUUUUACCCCCCCCCACCUGUUAGGUUUCCUUUUCUUCUCUCCCCCACCUGUUAGGUUUCCUUUCCUUACUCCACCCCCCCACAUUUGGGUUUCCUUUUCUUUACUCCCCACCCCACCUGUUUCCUUUUCUUUACUCCACCCCCCACCUGUUAGGUUUUCUUUUUUUUACUCCACCCCCCCACCUGUUAGGUUUCCUUUUUUUCCACCCCCACCUGUUAGGUUUCCUUUUCUUUUCCAAAGUUCGGUUUUUUUCUUUACUCCACCCCCCACCUGUUCGGUUUCCUUUUCUUUACUCCACCCCCCACCUGUUAGGUUUCCUUUUCUUUACUCCCCCCACCUGUUAGGUUUCCUUUCUUUUACCCCCCCCACCUGUUUCCUUUUCUUUACUCCACCCCCCCCCACCUGUUCGGUUUCCUUUUCUUUACUCCACCCCCCCACCUGUUCGGUUUCCUUUACCCCUCCGCCCACCUGUUUCUUUUUCCUUCAUUAA